GCGGGGGAGGUGUACUCGUGGGGCAGCAGCUCGGAGGGCAAGCUUGGGCAUGGCGAUUGCGAGUACAAUGACGCGACACGGUGCUGCCACGCUCCGCGCGUGAUCCGAGCUUUGCAAGGCGUGAGGGUGGUCGCCGUGUCGGCGGGCCAAAACCACUCCCUAGUGCUCAGUGAGGCGGGAGAGGUGCUCUCCUUCGGCUGUGGCGGGAGUGGACGCGGAGAGUUCUACGGCAUGCUCGGGCACGGCGAGGACGAGCACGACCAUUUCACGCCGCGGCUCAUCGAGGCGCUUCGAGGAGUGAGGAUAGUUGCGGUGUCUGCGGGAGGCACUCACAGCCUCUGCCUGAGUGAGGCGGGAACGGUCUACUCGUUUGGCUCGGGCUACGACGGCCAGCUUGGG